AACAGGACAUUGAAUAUGCCAAGUGGUGACAAUUUACAAGUUAAACUCAGAGUCUUUGUACUUAAGUACAAGGCAAAUGAGGUCCUCCAGAACUUUCUACAGUCCCAGGCUUCAAUAGAGAAAUCCAUCUGGCAGGCAGAUAAAGCCCUCACCGAUGGGGAGAAGGCCAUAGCAGCUGAGAAGGCCAGCAAGGAAGCAGCUGAGAAGGAACAGGAGCUGCUAAGACAGAAACUACUGGAGCAGAAACAGCAGAUGGAGGCACAACAGAGGAGCCUCCAGGAAAACAUAGAUCAACUGAAGGAGAAAAUGGAGAGAGAGAGAGAAAACAUAAUAAAAGAACAGAAUAUGGUGUUGGAGCAUAAGCUGAAGGUCCAAGAAGAGCUGCUCAAUGAAGGAUUUAGAAAGAAAUCUGAAGAGAUGAAUGCAGAGAUAAAUCAGUUGAAACAUAUGAUUGAUACGACUAAAAAUAAUAAUACUUCCUGGUUGACACAAGUCUUAGACAGAUUUGGCAGUGAGAUUAUUUCAGUAUUUACUGCUCCUGUGAGACUUGUUGUUGAUGGCAUUGUGAGAGGUGUGAGCUCACUUUUAAAAAAGAAAUAGCUGUCCUUUUAAGGAAAUUAAAGACUGUGGCUAUAGACUCCAA